AUGGCCUCUUGGGAGGAAUUUGACGCGAUAUUCUACUUCAAUAAAAACUUCACAUAUGAUGGCAAGGUUAUUGAACAGAUCCUCUCUAACCGCCGUGCGCUAGACAACCGACUCUUCGCCGACAGGUUACUUGAGCUGCUCGGUGUUCAAGCAGUUACCAAGCUAUAUCCCCCAAUUUCAAAUUCUGACCUUCGUACCCUCAUCCGCCACAUUGUAUCCUCUGAGCUCGAUGCCCACCAGAAACAAAGCUUAAUUUACUAUAUCCUAAAGGACUGCCGAGCUCCUAGCGAUGUCGCUGCUCAAUUUGCACGACGAUGCCAUCUACCAGAAAAGUACAGGUUGUUUAUAGAGGGACUUUGGAACCUUGACCGACUGGAAUUCAAGCGCGCAAUUGAGUAUCUCAGCGAACCUUCCAUUAUCCCAACAUUUCCUGAUGAGAUUCUUUACGCCCUUACCCUUUCGCAUCUUCCCAGACAUGACGACAGCCUCGUCAUGGCCUACUAUCUCACAGUCAACCCCCCUUUAACCUCGGAGAAAGCUCAGAGAGCGUUUAUGGAAACACUGUGUCGUGCUAGCAUUACAGAGGCUUUCUAUUUCACCCGAAAACAUCACGAGGCUCUCCGUCAAGCUUAUCUUACACAGCUCAUUGAGUUUGUCCAUAGAACAGACGCAGGCCAGAUGAGAAGCAGACGCGCUAUGGAACUGAUCGGUCUUCCUUUUGAUGACCAAGAGGAGCAGUGGUUUGAGGAUGCUUUGCUUCGUGGAAGCGCAAAAACACUGCAUGGUGCGAAGGACACGGUAAUGGCGCGGCGCCUCGCUACUGGGAAAGUAGCAGGGCUGUCUGCAGAGCUGGAAUCUUUGGACGGAAAAAAGAUAGAUGGCUUGAAUUGGGACUUGCUCAAGCAAAGCAUGAAACCUCCUCUAAAUUCAGCCGACAGAGGCCAAUCCCAAUGA